AUGGGAAGCAUGUUCACUUGGGGGCUGGAAGCAUUUUUCCCUAAUAAUUUUCGCGGGAUAUAUCAAACCUUUUUCCCAUGUCUCAAUCGAAACUCCCCACAAAACCUCCACGCCGCACGAAUCUUAAAGCUCGGCCACCCAGUCCCCAACACCCACCUCCUCAACCUCCUCAUCAAAUCCCUCUCAAGCUCCCGCAACCUCCCCCGGGCUCUCCGCCUCUUUCGCAGAACCUCGGCAAAGCCCGACGUCAGCACUUACAAUAGCCUCAUCAGAGGGCUGCUGAAGGAGAGGAUGACCCGUGAGGCAGUGGAGCUCUGGGAGGAGAUGAAGAAGAGGGGCCAAGAAUUCUCCCCGAAUAUCGUGACGUAUACUACUAUAAUGGGCUUCCUUUGCAAGAACGGAAGAGUCGAGAAAGCCCUCAACUUGUUUGAUGAAAUGCGUGAGAGAGGGACGGAGCCUGAUGUGGUGGUUUACACUGUGGUUAUCAGCGGGUUUUGCGACAUGGGUCUUGUUGAUAAGGGAUUGGAGUUGUUUGGUGAGAUGGGUUCGAGGGGAGUUUCGCCGAAUGUGGUUACUUUCAGUGCGUUGAUUCAUGGGUUUUGUAAAGCUGGGAGGUGGAAGGAGGCCACUGGAUUGUUGAGUGAGAUGGCCGAGAAAGGGAUUAAACCGGAUGUUUUUAUUUAUACGAGUUUGAUUGAUGCGUUGUGUAAAGAUGGGAAGGGGAAGCAGGCGAUGAGGAUGUUGGGUCUGAUGGUGGAGAAGGGGGAGGAGCCGAACACGACGACUUAUAAUGUCUUAAUUAAUCAGUUGUGUAAAGAAGGGUUGAUCGAUGAUGCAGUUAAAUUCUUGGAGAAAAUGGUGCAAAAGGGGAAGUCACCGGAUGUUGUGACUUAUAAUACUUUGAUUACUGGGCUUUGUGAGGCCGAGAAGAUCAAUGAUGCAGUGAAGUUGUUAGAGGAAAUGCUUGAGGGGAGACGUACUUGUAAGCCAGACGCAAGGAGUUUUAACACAAUUAUACAUGGGUUUUGUAGGAGAGGAAACAUCAACCAAGCAUUGAAUAUGUAUGAGAUGAUGGCAAAGAGAGGCUAUGAUUGUAACUCGAUGACUUACACUUUGUUGAUUGGCGGCCUUUUGAAAAUUCAGAAGGCCUCUAGAGCAAGGGAUCUUCAUAAAGAGAUGAUUCGUAAGGGGUUGGAGCCCAAUAGUUUUACAUAUAGCACCAUUAUAAAUGGAUUUUGCAAUAUGGGGCUUGUUGAUGUGGCUGAGGGAUAUUUACGUGAAAUGAAGCAUCGUGGAAUUAGCGUAGACUUGUUUGACUAUAAUGCAUUGCUGGAUGCAAUGUGCAGAAAGAGAAUGAUGGAUCGAGCAAUGAAUUUGUUUCAUGAAAUGGGUGAUUAUUGCAAACCUGAUGUUAUAACUUUCACCACUCUUAUUGAUGGAGCUUGCAGAAUUGGGAAUUUUGAACAUGCGAAAGAAUUGCUUGGAGAUAUGCUCGAAAGGGGUUUGAGUCCGGACUCAAUAACCUACGGAACUUGGAUAAAUAGAUUUGCAAAGUCUGGGCAGUUAGAGGAAGCUAAGAAAGUCUUUGAGCAGAUGAUUACUAGUGGCUUUUCUCCAGAUGUAGUUGCGUAUGAUACAUUAUUUCAUGGAUUAAGAAAGAAAGGUGAAAUGGGAGAAAUUAUUGAUUUGCUUCGUCAUAUGGCAGCUAAUAAUGUCGCUCUUGACUUUCAAGUUGUUUCGACCAUCUUGAAAUGUCUCACCAUUGAUGGGGAUGAUAGUACAAUCUUAAAAUACCUUCCCUCCUUCUCAAAAGAAAUGUCUAAAGGAGACGGCCUUUCGUGUCAUGAAUUGAUGAAUGAACUGCACAAAUCUUGCCCUGAGCUCCAACUACAACCAGCUUGAUGAUAUUCAAUGGUUUUUUGGGAAAACACUUAUGGUUCUCCUGGUAAUGUUAUAUCGCUUCAUUUAACAUACAGCUAAAUUCUUUUUGUACUGUUCAUAUUAUCCAUUGUACACUAAGGUGAAUUAGACUCAAUCUUCUUAUUGUACAGAAUGCAGGAUUAACAUUAAGUGACAACUUAAUGUUUUUUUUUUUUUGAAAAAAAAAAAUUCUGUUGAAGCUUUUCAAGUGCAGUAGUCCGUAACUGACCUAGUUGCCACUAGAAAGACUUCAAUGAUGAUUAUGAUGCCUAGGGAUAUGACAUUAUGAACGGUACCCUCGAAAUGAGAAUCGUACAUAUCUUAUUUUCAAAAAUUAAGGGUUUAUUUAAGCAAUAAUGGGGUAAAAGUUGCAGUAGCUGACUAUCAUGAAAAUGCUCGUGGUAAUAUGGGUAGCAGUAGAUGCAUGACAGUGAUGACGCAUCCAAUCAAGUAAUUACGUGAAGCAAAUAGUCAUCAACAAGACAUGCUCAUUAACAGGCUCUUCUUUAGGAAGCAUCAAAGCACUAAGGUAUCAGAUUUGGAGACUAAAAUUUGAUAUAUGGCCAAUAAUAUAAUGAUGUACAGCGGGCUAGACAACAGGCUCAUUAGCACCGUAAGUUGAUCCAACUGCCAAAGAUCAUUGAAGAGAAAGAUAAAGUUUCAAUCUUAUAAAGUGUUCUUUUGGCUCCCUUUUCUCCUUCUCCAUUCACUAUGUGUGAGAUCCUGAGUAUAUUAGGAAGAGGAAACAAAUGGGAAGCUAUUUCAAAAUCCUAAGGGCUGGAUGAUUCGAAGAAAGUGAACUGUCCGUAGACAUAUGAAGAUGAACGAACACAGUAGUCUAUGGUUUGAAAAUAUGAAAUAGCAGCAUGAAUUUGUUUCGCAUCUGCAGAAAAUGUUGUUAUAGCUUUUGCAUCUUCGUAACUACUGUAGAUGGAAAUUUUGGAAUAACUGUAACCCCUUACCUG